CUCCCCGAGGUGACAGUCCACUUCCGGGGCGCCGGAGAUAGCUUUGGUCGGCCGCAGCCGCUCUCUAUGGUGCGGAGCCCCCUUGAGGAGGGGGAUUGAGGUGGCGAGACUAGGACUGGAGAAUGGAGAGGUUCUAAUCAUGUCUGAAAAUGAUGGUGUCAAGAAUAUGGCAACAGUAGAAGAAAUUCCCAUUUUGGAGAGUGGAAACAGUGGGCCAAACAAUCAACCUCAUUCUGCUGACCCUAGUGCCAAGCAAGAAUCUGAAUUGGAGCCUAUUGCCCCUACUCGUAAAAGACCUGAAAUAAAACCUCCUUGUGAGCCUGUGACUUCAGAAUUUCUCCCGAAUGAAGGACUGAAGUCUGUAGGCAAGGAUCCUGUUUCUAAAGAAGUACCCCAAACAGGAUGGGGAUACUGGGGAAACUGGGGCAAGUCUUUGCUUUCUUCUGCUUCAGCUACUGUAGCCACUGUAGGACAAGGCAUUUCAAAUGUCAUUGAGAAAGCAGAGACUUCCCUUGGCAUCCCUAGCCCCACUGAAAUUUCAUCUGAAGCUCAAAACACAGAAAAGACUAAUGUCAAAGCAGGCAGCAUCAAUAAAGAGGAUGGAAAUACCUCACCAAUGGGUGCAGCACUUGGUGUAUUCUCAACUAUUUCUACAGCAGUUCAGAGUACGGGAAAGAGCGUUAUUAGUGGAGGCUUAGAUGCUUUGGAGUUCAUUGGGAAAAAGACAAUGGAUGUGAUAGCUGAAGGUGAUCCUGGAUUUAAAAAAACCAAAGGCCUAAUGAACCAAAAUUCUACAUUGUCUCAGGUUUUGCGAGAGGCAAAAGAUAAGGAAGAGCUGAGGACAGCCAAUGAGGUUACCAUGGAUACUGACAAGAAAGCUCAUUAUGGAUUACUCUUUGAUGAAUUUCAAGGCCUUUCACAUCUAGAAGCUUUGGAAAUGCUUUCUCGAGAGAGUGAAAUAAAGGUGAAAUCCCUCACUAACUCUCUGUCUGGUGAAGAAUUAGAGAAUCUAAAACAUGAAUUGGAGCAAGUCAAAGAAGCUUUUUCUUUAGCUGAGUUCAGUGAUGAAGAGGAAGAUGAAAAAAAGGAAGAUGAAGAUUUCACUGCAGAGAUAACAGAACUGUUUUCUCAGCUGCAUGUUUCUACCAGACCUGACAAGCUGACCAAAGCAAGAAAUACUAUUCAUGAGUGGAUCAGGAUGUCUAGUUCCAAAUCUUUAACAAAGGAAGAAGAAGAAGAAGGAAAGCAGAUAGAACUGGAGAAUCCAGAGCAAGAAGAUAAAAAAACAUUAGAGGAUAUUCAUGCAUUUGCCAUCCAAAGCCUGGCAGAACUGACAGCCUAUUCCAUUGAAAUGUUCCAUAAAACAGCAGCAUUGAUUCUUCAUGGUCAAAAACAGGAGAUAACUGCUCUAAAGAGAAGCAAAACUCUUUCCCAAAUGACAGUUUUGUUGUGUAAAGAAUUGUCUUCAAUGUCUAAAGAGUUUGCCACAUGCCUGACAACUGUUGGGGUCAAAGAAAAGGCAGAUGUGCUUAAUCCACUAAUAACUGGUGUGUUUCUAGAGGCGUCCAACAGUGCUUCAUAUGUCCAAGAUGCCUUUCAAUUACUUCUUCCGGUGCUUGAAAUCUCCCUCAUUCAGAGCCAGAUUGAAUCAUCACAGUCACAAUGAGCUCCAUACUAGCAGAAGUGAGGGGAUUCCUCAUUUACAGAAGCCAAUAUGAAGAAAUGUUUAAGGACAAUAAGCUUUGACCUUGAGCUUCCAGCAAUGGCUAAAAAGUGCCAGACCGCUUGUGGGCCUUGUUGUCCUAAUGAUGCAGAAGCAAAAGAGAGGGUAAUGGGAAAUUUCUAUAGUCUAGACAACCAGGCAGUCUAGCAGGUUAAAAGAGUAAAUUUGUUGCCUUCAUUGUUUGACCAAGACUGUUCGGUUCCUCCUUCCGCUACUGCAGAUAGUUAUGUGCAUUAAUAAAUUCUUUGAAAGAAGACUUUUGGAGAAGAUCCAAGAUGAGUAGCUCUUAAAAAAAGGUUAGCAUCUUCUGCUAAUAUGAUGUUUAACCAAAAACAUCUGUUCCACUUUGACAUGAUGCAUACAGUCCAAACACUACAAAUACUUGCUAAAGGAAAAACUGGAUCUUUGAAAACAGCUUUUUCUCUUCAGGCAACACGUAGAUCUUCCAUUGUGUGGGUGAAAAAGAAUUUAAUUUUAUAUGCCCAGAUCCUAUUGUUUGAUCUGGAAAUGUCACAUACUUUUUUCCUUCCCAGAAUAAAAAUUUCAGCUAUAUGAUGGUUGUUAGACUUUAUAUGUACUCUGAUGAUUAUACCUUGUCACCCAAGCCUUGAAUAUCAUUACAGUACACACCCCAAAUGCUUUUUUUCUUCCUAGUAAACAUUUAGCAUUGAGGACAGAUUCAUAGAGUGUUACAUUUGAAUUGAAGGUGAGGACUGCCUUCUGCUGCCAUAAAAAUGAAGAACUGACUUCAUCUUUAGCCCUAGCUCUUUUAAUUACACAUCAAGAAGAAAAGUAGACCUAGGAAAUGUGGGAGCAUAGUCUUUCUUGUGCUGACUUUUGAAAUGUCAGAGGGGUCAUGUUGACUUAUAUAUUCAUCCAUAUAUUCCUCUUUUCCUUAUUUAUGUAUAUUACUAAUGGUCUCUUUUUUAAAGUGAUCACUGACAGAUUCCCAGAGAUAGGUGGUGAUUUAUUAUCUUUCAACUUCCAAACAGUAAUCAAACUAGAUGGGGUUACUUUUUAAGUACAACUUUGAUAAAUUGUUUUAUAGAUCCACAUUUGGUGUGAACCACUCCAGGAUACUUUUCACAUAUAUGUCAUGUACAGAUUGAAUUCCAUUAUAGAUAACUUUAAACUGGUGUUCAAAUUCUUCUAUACAGUAUUGGGAUUUUGUCCUAUCAAAUAUGAGCAUUCCCCAUAGAUUUUCAUUGUGUAUAGUCUUCAAUCAGUCAAUCAGCAAGCAUUUAUUAAGUACCUACUAUGUGCUAGCCAUUGUGCUAGGUACUGAGGAUGUAAAUGUAAUAAAUGAGACAAACUCUA